UCAGCUUUACCUUUACAGACGCUUUUGAUCUAUACAUACAUACACAUGCAUAACAUGCUUCUGCGAUAGAAAUAUAUAUACACAGCUACAUGAAUGUAAAGGUAGAGAGAGAGAGAUGGAGGAGUACCUUAGAAGUAGUGAAAGAGUGACUGUACGGAGUAGGGCUAUGGAGGAGGAGGAGGAGGUCAUGCAGCAGUUGAGUUCAAGUAAGAAAAGGAAGUUGUACUCUGAGCUCGAAAUUCAGUACUUUGACGACGUGAGUUUUCUGGAGAAUUCAGUAUCGCAUGAGGCGUCUGGGAUAUCCGUCUGCACUAAGCAUGAAAAAGAGAAAAAUAUUGAUUUUAAAACUGAAAUUUCCAAGUCCAUUUUCAGUAGAGAGACAACUCCAACAAGCAAGCUAUGUGGAGAUUCAGAGCAAGUGUUAAUUGAUUCAUCAUCAACGUUAAUAAAAAAGUUGUCGAAGACUGUUACUGCUCAUAAACCGGCAGCCGGAAAGAUGGCAUCGGCGGAGGAAUUGGAGGAGUUCUUUUCAGCUUCGGAAAAGUACGAGCAAAAACGAUUCGCUGAAAAGUACAACUAUGAUAUAGCUAUGGAUGUUCCUUUGAACGGAAGGUACAAAUGGGAAGCUUGUAAUUUACUGCCAUGAAUGAAGAUCUAGAUAACAAGUUAUCCUUUGAUUAGAUUCCCCAUUCUUUUCUCUCCUGAUUUUGUUGUUGGAGCUAAAUUUUACUUGUUGAAGAGGGCAUUUUAAUUUCUUAGGUGUGUACAGCAAUUUCCAUAUAUAAAGGAAGUAGAGUUCCUAAAUUUUCUUCUUAGUACAAUAUUUCUGACUUCACUCUAUUUCCAAUGUGGAUUCCACUUUCAGAAAAGAGUUGAGUUGUUGAAUUUAGCAGUUUAAAUAUUGUCUUUUGUAGCCACUUUUUUGUAUUUUUCCAUUUGGAAGGGAAGUUUUUCCUUGUUC